UAGUGAGCGAACCCUCACAGAGAUACUGAUUGCAGAGAAAGCGAUCACUUGUGACAAAAUGGCCGCAAAACCGUCUUUAGUGGCGAAGAUCUCGCAACAGAUCCCAGUUCUGGUGGAAAGGUCUAAGCCUAAGCUUCGGACAUUCGUGCGCUACGCUCGGGUGGAGCUCACCCCUCCCAACCCCACAGAAAUACCGCAAAUCAUCGGUAGCUUCACAUCACUGGUGCGGAGCGCCCGCACGGGUGGGUGGAGACAGUUGACGGUGAGGGAGGCGUGGCUCAACACCCUGGUCACUGUGGAGGUGUUGUGCUGGUUCUUCGUGGGCGAGUGCAUCGGCCGAAGACAUCUCAUCGGAUACGACGUGUGA